GGCGAGGGCCAACCACAAAAAGUACACAGCUUUGAGAAGAGAGAGAAGAGGGAUAGAAGAGGAAGAGGUAGAGAGAGGACUUCACCAGAGAGUCGCCGGAAUCUGGAGUUUUUCGUGGUUGUUGUGGCCCGAAGCCAGGUGGAAGCGCGGUGAGGAGGUGAUUAGAGGCGGAAGUUUAAUCAGUAUUUUGAUGAAUCGGCGGUGUUAUUUGAUUGGAUGAGAGAGGAUUGGAACUCAUGGAGAGAAAUAGAGAAGCAAGGAGAACAACGAUGGCGGCGACGAAUGGAUUGUCCAGACGGAGGCAGAGGAGUAGCAGUCUUCGAGAUACACCUGAAGAAGAUGGACAGGUGGAUUUGCCGGAAGCGGUGAGGUUGCGGGAACGAGGGAACAAAAGAGAGCGAGAUCGAGAUUUCUCGAAUCGAAAGAAGCGAAGGAGAGGGGAAGGAUUUGUUCAGAGCGGUAACGAAGAAGGAGAAGAAAGCUCUGAAGAAAGCGUAGAGGAUGAAGAGGAGUACGAGGAAGAUGAUAGAGCGGCUUGGGUGAUUCCUCCGCUCACUGCAUCAUCGUCAUUGACGUCAAGUCAUAACAACCGGAGGAGUUUCCCCCCGGCGGCAAAAGUCGGUAGGCAAACUACGGCUUGGAAAGUUACUGAGGAGAUGAUCGGUGUUCCGGUUCCCAGGAAAGCUCGGUCAGCGUCUAAAAAAAGGUCACAUCAUGAGUAUUGGAUUUCAGGUGGUGGUGGUGUGGAAGAGCAGAAUCACCGCCAUCUUUCCACUUCGCCGGCAGGGCGCAGUAUAGAUGCUCUAUCGCCCUCUGCUUCCAGUCCUUCCGUUAGAAAGAAGAUGAAACCGACUGGACCCAAGAACCGACCUCCUAAGGUUUCCAAAUCUUCUUCCGCAUCAGCUCAUGAUGAGAUGGAUGAGCUUGAAGUUGCUGAGGUUUUGUUUGGGCUUAAGAAACAAUCCCAGUGCUCCAAAAAUCAAGAAACCAAUUCAAGCGUGUCUCAGAAGGUUGAUUCAAAAGAUUCAAAUGGUGUGGUUCAUGAUAUUAAACCGUCAGUUUCUUCACCAAUGGCAAUUCCUACGCAGAAGUCCCCACAGAGCUCAACUUUGCCUCAGACCAUUAGCCCGUCAUCCAAACCUGUGCUUGGUGUUGCGCAGAAGAGGAAAAAGCUGCAGGCUGAGAAUCCUUCUAAUUCCGACCAGGAUGUUGCAGUUAAAGUUGAUAUUGAGCAAUCUGCAAAAAUGGAAUUUUCUUCAUCAAAAUUGGAGAAAAUAUCAAGUUUUAGUGAUGAAACAUCUGAGGCUUCCAAUUUGGGUGUCUCUCAAGCAUCUAUGUCACUGGAGCCACAGAAGCAAGCAAUCAAGCCAGAGGAAUUAAAACCCUUGACCAAAGAAUCUGGAGGAAGCCAAGAUGGGAUUGUGACUAAGGAGAAGCCAGUCUUGCCAAAGGUGUCCAGCACGAAAUUGGAUGUUGAUCUUGAGGAUUCCACAGAGAAAAAAAGAAUUUCAACUGUCUCCGAGGUUGAGAGCCGUCAGGAGGAGAAGUUCAAGAUUGAUCUGAUGGCUCCUCCUCCUAUGGCAUUAUCUCCAGAGAGGGAUGGCUUGACUGGUUUGGUAUCAGAUCCCAACCUUUUGGCUCAGGAUGUUGAAAUGAAGAAGGAAAUUGUGAUGAAGGUUGAAGAAAAGGUGGAGAAGACCGUGAAGAAGGAAGCAGUGGGAGAGAGAAUAGAAGAGAAGAAAACAGAGAUAAUGGGGGACAAACAUGAAUCUCCAAGGCUUGAUUUUGAUAAGGAGCAUGAAAGUGGCAAUGCCAGUAGCACUAAACUACAACAGCAGGGUCAGAAACAGCAAUCUUCACCUAAAGCUUCUAUUAUUCCCAAAGAGGAUAAAACCACUCAAUCUAGUUCAUUGACUUUGCCAAUUGCUGUAACUGGCUGGCCAGGUGGUCUUCCUCCAUUGGGAUACAUGCCACCUCUUCAAACAGUUGUGUCCAUGGAUGGAAGUAGUGGAUCUUCCACAGCAGUACAGCCUCCACAUUACCCUCUCUCAAUACCUCGACCAAAGAGAUGUGCAACCCAUCAGUACAUUGCUCGUAACAUUUACUAUCACCAGCAACUUACAAGAAUGAACCCUUUCUGGUCGGCGGCUGCUGGUUCAGCAUCUCUAUAUGGUGUGGCCAAGCCCUACAAUCUUAAUUUCAUGCCUCCCACUGAAAACAUGAUUCUUGGAAAGCCAUUGCAAGGAGGCUUUCCAGGUGCGAGUUUAAACUCCAAACAGGGCAAAGGGCAGGGUACUUUUCCACGUCAUACUGGAAAAGAGAAAAGCCCAGAGGCCACGAACUUCAUGGAUGCAGCACAAAAAAAACAGCUUGUGAUUCACCAAGCCCCACAACCUGUGCAGCCUGGUAAUUUGCUGCAUCAAGCAGCGGUAGCAGCUACUUCUAAUCCAUCUGGACCUGCAAAAUCUGCCACCUCUAGUGCCAAAACAUCAUUGUCUAGUAAUUCAGCUGCUGGAGCUCCUGUAAACUCUUCCUCGUUGCCACCAGUUGUGAGCUUUAACUACCCAAAUUUGCCUGCAAAUGAUGCUCCAUACUUGGCAAUAUUACAGAAUAAUGGGUAUCCAUUCCCUAUUUCUACACAUGUUGGAGCGCCACCACCACUAAGAGGAGGAACCCAAUCUCAGGCAAUGCCCUGCUUUAAUGGAACUUUUUAUUCUUCUCAGAUGUUCCAUCCUUCUCAACUUCACCAGCAACAACCCCAUUCUCAACCUCUGGUUCAACAGGCUAAUCAAAACACAAGUGCAUCUAGCGGUUCAUCCUCAUCAAACAAGCAUCCACAGACCCAGCAACUGCGAGGGACACAGAUUAGUGGCAAUAGUUUUCUUACCCCAACAACUAUGCAGUCACAGCAACUGCAGAAGCAACAUGUGCCAUCAUCCCAUCAAUCUCGCAAGCGUGAUGUUGAAUUGUGUGGGGAAAAUACCCAAUCAGCUGUUGAUGCCCGAGCUUCUCAUAUUCAAAAAAAUGUCUAUGGCCAGAACUUUGCAGUUCCAGUUCCUCCAGUUAACUUUGCUUUGAUGCCGUCUGCAACCUUGGCUGGUGGAGGGAAUCCAGGUGAGAAGCAGCCGCAACACCAAUCACAGCAGCAGGGAUUGAAAGGUGGAGUUGAGCUUAUCCCAUCUCAAGCAUUUGCCAUGUCAUUUGCCUCCUUCAAUGGAAGCAAUACAGCUUCAGGCAUUAACUUCUCAUCCAUGGCACAAAAUCCUGUAAUCUUCCAGAGCCUUCCAGAUAUGGUUCGGCAUGGUUACCAGGUUGCACCUGCAGCCCAGAUGACACAACAGAAGAAUUACCAGAUAUCUGAGGGGAAAAUUGGAAAUGACUCGAGCAAUGCUGAGGAUGGAAGAAAAACUAUUCCUGGAAAGUCAUCAAAUGUUGGGCAAUCCUUUAAUUUCUGCAAGCCAGGUUCUACUGAUCCAUCAAUCUCCACGCUCAUGGGAACCACUGUAUUUGAUGGUUCAACAAGAACUCUGAACUUUGUCUCAUCUCCUGCCAAUCUGAAUCGGCCUUCUCGCACCACAACUAGUCCUGUGGCAGCUAACGGGCCGAGUCAACAGCAGCAGCUGAUUCAGCUUCAAAAGCAACAUGCAAUUGGGAGUGGUCGAACUAAAGUUCCAACAAGUAGCAACCACCAGCCUUCCCCUUCUAUUACUACCAAGUUUCCAAAUAAUCACUCUGUGUUUCCACAAAAUCUAGUUCAAAGCAUGAGUUCUGCCCAAUCUUCUCUGUGGAAGAACUCGGCAAGAACCCCAGCUUCUCAAGUCCCUGCACCAUCCACAAACUCUGCAAUUAAAAACCUUCCCCAGCAACAAGGAAGAGCACCACAAGGCCAGACCCAAAUAUCUUUUGGAGGCAGUCCCAGAUCUACCUCUGCGCCAUCUCCCUUUGUUACGGGGUCUCCAACUAAUUCUUCAAUCUCCAACACCACUGGCGGCAGCCUGAGAACAACUCCAAUGAGCAGCAAAGCAGGCCCAUCGAUUCCUAUGUUACAACCCCAACCAGCUGACAAUUCUUCAUCCAGCCCCGGCCAGAAAUCUUCUCCAGUGUGUGGAAGGAAUGUACCCUCAAUCUUAAGCACAUGUCCCAGUCACCUCUCUGAAGUCAAGUACUAAAAUGCAGUUGCUACAAAGCCCAAUCACUCUUCACCAGUGCCUAUGUUCAGGUUCUCUCUCCCUCAUCUGUUAUGAGAAAGAAGUCAUGUGAAGUCUGAUAUAACUGCGUAUCACCUGAUGUCCCUGGUGUCAAUUCCUGAUCUGGCUGCCUGUGCCACUGCUGUUGCCACUAAAUAUUAAAGAUGGUGGGAUAUCUUUGCGACCCUGCUCAUAUUCAAGUCUAACCAUGUCAUUUUGUGCCGUGCCUAUGGAUGCUCAGGUCAGGCAAGCUGCUCAGAAACUAUGAUGCAUUGGUUGAUUUAUUGUCUCCCAAAAAUUUGAAGAGGAAAACAGAUGAGGCCACUUAAAAUUUUGGGGGCCUUGUAUGUCAAUGCGGGAGUGUGAGGGAUGUGUGUUUCUUGUGGAUGAAGAGGAAAUGUGAAUCUGUAUGUUGGCUCUUUUAGACCAGUGAAAAAGAAAGGCAAAUGAAGUGAAAUGCAGUUCCUGGAGACGUAAAGGAUUUUGUGAAAGUCAGCUUCUGACCACGUAAAGGUGGUCCUAAGAUUGAAGCCCACACGGAAUGGCCACCAUCAUGGGCCACAUCUGCUCGUGUGAACUGUUGGGGGGGAGAGUGGGUAUGAAGACAACAGGAUAAAAGAGACGGUAGUGUUUUCUUAGGCCUGCAUUUUCCAACAUGAGGACCCAUCAGUUGGUGGUGGUGAUGGGGUUUGACUGUAUUGCUCAUACAUUCAUGGGGUCAAUUUAACUUCAUUGUUUCUAUGUGA